CCUCACUUCCCUAAAUGGGCAACUUCACUUUCAGAACCCCAGGUCCUUCCCUGGCAGACCCAGGUGGCACGUCCCGCGUCGGCCUGGGCCCUGACCUUGGAUCCCUGGGUGCCCCGGCCCCUUCCCGGGCCUGUGACUGCCCACCUGGAUGGAGGCAUGGCCCCCACGUUCCUGCUGCUGCUGCUGUGGCUACAGGGCUGCGUCUCAGGUGCUCCUGCUGACAGCGUGUACACCAAAGUGCAGUACCUGGAAGGGGAGACUCUGUCUGUGCAGUGCUCCUACAAGGGCCGCAAAAACCGUGUGGAGGGCAAAGUUUGGUGCAAAAUCAGGAAGAAGAAUUGUGAGCCUGGCUUCACCCGAGGCUGGGUGAAGGGGCCCAGCUACGUGCUGCAGGACGAUGCCCAGGCCAAGGUGGUCAACAUCACCAUGACGGCCCUCAAGCCCCAGGACUCUGGCAGAUACUGGUGCAUGCGCAAGACCUCCGGGACCCUGUACCCCUUGAUGGGCAUCUUGCUGGAAGUGUCUCCAGCCCUCACAACUGGGAGGAUCACUCCCCCCACACACCUGGCCAACGUCCCCAGGAGGGAAACUGCUGUCACAACGGGCCCAGCUCCCACAACCAGUCCUGAUGCCCUUUUGACCACUAGCAUCACUGUGUUCACUCCUGGACUCUUCACCAUGGACAGACCCUUGCCCUCCACUGCUUCAGGGGCCACGAGGCUGACCUUCAAGACAGUCUCUGGUGACACAGGUACCAGCACCAGCACCACAGGGUCCAGGAGGACCAGGGGACCUCAGACUGCAGUCAUAUCUCCCAGCAAUGCCAGACCCUCCUGGGCUGGCCCAAACUCUGUCUCUACAAUAGCCGGGCACCGCAGCACCAGAUGGCCCUCCACAGGGAUGUGCCACACCAGCACCUCUCUCCUCAACAACCUGGAUGCCACAAGGUACCCGAGGCACUGGGAUUCCUACCCCACUGUGCUCGUGUUGGUGCUGACCCUCCUGCCCGUGCCUGUGAUGUUGGUCAUGCUCUAUGGGUUUUGGAAGAAGAAACACCUUGCAUGCUAUAGCAUGUGCAGCAACUCUGUGGAACCCGGCAGGGACCCACCCAGAAGGCUGGAGCCCAUGUGGAACCCUGCCUGGUCUGAGACCACUUAA